CAAAGCUGUCCUGUGCAAGAAUUUGCUGCUUACGUGUUUUUUAUUGUAAAUUAAAAAAUAAAAACAAAAUAAAUAUAAAAAUAUUGAACUAAAAAAAAGUUGAGUGAAAUAUAAAAUAAUGAAACUGUAUAAUUUGGUUAAAAACGCUUUAAAGUAUGCCACGAUGACGGAAAAUUUUUAUUGCAGACUAAAAACUGAUUCUGGAAAAAAUUUGCCUGAACUGCGUGCACAAAAAAGUUAUGAAUAAUUUAUAGAACUAUAAGGAAUCAAAAUAUGUAUUUCUGACGCCAGCGCGUUGAGUGAGUGAAUGGCUGCAGCGCCGGCUCAGCCGGACAAGUGAAUGUCCCCGUUCUCAUUAUAAGUAAAUGCACACACGAGUGCAGUUAAGUGAAAAAGAAAAAAAAUAUAUGUGCGAGUAAAAAUAAAUUGGUAAAAAAAUUAUUUUAACCAGCAUUUGCGAAGCUACUCAUUCCUGCAUUGGCUCUUACCGAAUUGCCUCAAAACGAGCAGGAGAAACGUUGAACUUUUCAGCGAAAGGUGCCGCCGCCACCAUCAAACUAACUGGGAUUCAGUGCAAUAAUCAUAAACAAAAUUAGUGAGUGAAUGGUGAUCGCUGAUCACUGAGCUGGUGACCUAUAACGUGUGUGAUAAAACGUCCGUAAUUUACUUGUAAGGAGUAAUUUGUGUAAUAAUUAGUUAAGCAAACGCAAGAGGCUGGAUUGAACUAGAAAAAGGUCUAUUUAAGAGUAAACACAUUGCAAGCAAGCUUCAAAAAAUGUCGUUAAAGAAAGAGACCCCAUCCGAUGUGUUGUUGCAUUUGGCAGCACUGCGUGGCGAUGAAAUCAACCUGCGGCGCGUACUUGACAGCGGCAAAGUGCAUGUGGAUUGUAAAGAUGAGGAUGGCACAACUCCUCUCAUUCUUUCGGCCGCAGGCGGUCAUACACCUUGUGUACUGGAGCUGCUUGAACAGGGCGCAGAUCCGAACUCGAGACGCGCCACCGGCACAACGCCGUUAUUUUUUGCCGCACAAGGUGGAUAUCUAGAUGUUGUGAAAAUAUUGAUAAAGGCUGGCGCUAGUGUGGACACGCCAUCAGUGGACGGUGGCACUCCGCUCUUUGUUGCUGCACAAGGUGGUUAUGUAAAAUUGGUUCGUGAAUUAUUGGAUUGCGGCGCGAAUGUGAAUGCGUGCAUGAAGGAUCGCGCUACACCCGUCUUCAUAGCCGCCCAAAAUGGACAUCGUACAGUGCUCUCCCUCCUACUCACCGCCGGCGCGCACCCCGAUAUGAAGCGCAUAGAUGGCGCCACACCACUUUGGAUAGCCGCACAAAUGGGACACGAUCACAUAUGCAAAGUGCUGCUGCAAAAUGGCGCCUUUGUGGAUGCUGUGCGCUGUGAUGGCGCGACGCCACUCUUCAAGGCAGCGCACAAAGGACAUGCGGCUGUAGUAACCGAACUGUUGAAACACCGGCCUAAUCUAGGGUUACUACCGAAUGGCGAAACAGCAUUGCAUGCGGCGGCCAUGUUCGGUCACUUGACCGUUUGCAAGCAGCUGAUUGGCGCCGGUUGCGAUAUACUACAGAAAAAUCAUGAAGGUCUAACCGCUUUACAGGUGGCGCGACAGCAGAAAUAUUCUUCGAUUUGUGAUUAUCUGCAAGAGCGCUUGCGUAUGGUGCGUGCGCGUGCUGGAGUGGCGUCAUAAGUGGAGCUUAUGUGAACAAAAAAAAAA